CAGCAGUAUUGGAAGCCAAACACAGGCCGGUUAAAAAGCAGCGAAGCCGUCAGCAGCGUGAGCAGACGACAGAGGCACAUGGCGCAGGGUGGCGGUGGAGGCAGCAGCAAUGGAAGGCCAUACAGCACCCUAUCACAAAAUGGAACCCACCAACAGUGUAAGGAGACCUGAAAGUGGCACAUGGCAGAGUCUGGCGAUGAAAGUCAGCAGCAAUGGGAGGCCGUACAGGGACCCAUGACACACUCUGGACCUGGCAGCAGCAAGAGGAGGCGGUGGUACAGGGGCCCAUGGCAGAGUGGCGAAGCCCGUCAGCAGCGUGAGCAGACGACAGAGGCACAUGGCGCAGGGUGGCGGUGGAGGCAGCAGUAUUCGGAAGCCAUACACAGGCCUAGGUUUAAAACUGGAACCCAGCAGCGUGAGCAGACGACAAAGACGCACAUGGCAGAGGAUGGAUCUGGCAGCAGUAUGAGAAGGCGGUACAGGGGCCCGUGGCACAGUGUGGUGAUGGGGGCUACAGCAACUGGAUGCCAGAAAGUGGCCGAUAGGGGC